UCCUCCUACGUCACUCCUCCUAAGAAUUCCUUCCUCUGUAGCGAUGGCCUGUACUAUUGAUUUCCGGCGCUUAGACGAAGGCCUCGGCGGGACUAGAAACAAAAGAAAGAGAUCAGAUGAAGAAGAGCUCGAAUUCACCUUUACCAACACAUCAAUGGAUGUUGAUGAUGAAGGUGAACCAUCAGCAAAGCGAACUGCAAUCUCAUCAGCUGAAGGUAAACCUACCUACGACGGAGUAAUAGCAGGACGAGUAUCAGGUCGUAAAUGGAAACAACCAAGAACUAAAAGGGCUUCAGCUAUGAAUAUCAAAGUGAAUCCAAGAACAUUUGAUGAGAGGAUGAAGGAGAAAGAGAUUAAGAAGGCAUUUAAAUCAAGAGUUGAUGAAUUGAAACUAGAGAUUAAGAAUAAUAAGAUUGAAAAGAGAUUGGAAAGAGAAAAAAGAGAGAAGAAGAAACAAGAGAAUAUAUUGAGGACUGGUACUAAAAUUCAGAAGAUUACUAAUCCAAAGACUUUGAAGAAGAUUUCUAAGAGUAAGAAUAAAGGUCAGCUUAGAAAGGUUCCUGAUGAGAUGUUUAAGAGGAAAUAGAUGCCUCAGUUUCUCCCUCUGUAAGUUCUUUCUGUUCUGAACUUUUGGUGGAUUAGGGUUUUCUUUUUUUCAAUUAUCGUACUAAAUUUGGGAUUUAUGUUUGCUUUAUUUUUUGGUUAAGAUUGUAAUGAGUAAUCAUGGAACUGGUUUAAAUUUAAUGCUUAAUUUUGAUAAUAUACUGCUGAAUUGUUGGCUAUGAAAA